AUGAAACCCAACUCUGAUGAUGUCCAUCAUAUGAUGGACGAAAUCUCAGCACGUUUUCAGCUGAAACGAGGGAGGAAGUCUCGUGGACUGCGUCAACAUGAACAUAGUGUAAAAGCCAACCGGCUGCAGUACAACGAGAUUCAUCCGUCCUCAUCUGGUGAGAUCCACCAACGAAUUUCUUCUUCAUCCACUUUCAUCCGAGAUGAAGGUUCCCCUAACAACCUUUAA